ACGCCGUCACCGGCUCCAUCAUUCGAGGUGGCAGCAUGCCUACCACGCUGGUGACAGGUAGUACCUUGUCACGUCAUAGGAAGCUCUGCGGCUAAGGGUGUGACUUUGAAUGAAUGGGAUGAGUCUAGGGUAGGUCUUUCUUCCUGCUCUUGCCCCAAUCGCUUUCCUUUGCCAUUGUCCAGCAUGAGGAUUCUCCCACGGGCGACCUUGCUGCUAUGGGCUGUGCAAGUCGCACACGCAGCGAAUCCCAGACCCUAUCCUCCCGUCGAUGGUUACCUUCAGACCACGCACUUCCUUAACCAUCCAGCCUACCUGACCGGGCUGGAUGACAACCAGUGGUACCUCGACAACAUUCCCUUCAUCGAUUUUCCGGACCAGUCGCUGCAGGAUGUGUACUACUACCGCGCCAGCGUCAUCAAGCGGCACCUGAAGUGGGUGGCUGAGGGCGAGGGAUGGGUGGUGACGGAAUUCAUCCAUCCGGUCUCGUGGGCUAGCAAAUUCCAGACCAUCCCAGAUAGUGCGCCUCACCAUGUCGUCGAAUUGCGAUGGCUGCGGGAUCCGAACUACGUGAAGAACUUCAUAGAGCAGUACACCCGGGGCGGAGUCGAGAAGCUCAGCGGAAUCACGUACACUCACUACAUGCACCGCGCUAUUCUGGAGCACGCGCAGACGACUGGCGACAUUCCGUUCCUUGUCUCGCAGCUUGAUGGCUUGGUUCAGAUGUACAAUCUCUGGAACGUCACACGCGAUAACAUUACGGGCCUCUACCAUCGUACUCCGCUUUCGGAUGCGCAAGAGUACAGCUUGCCUGGCUUUCUCGUUGGAGGACCCGCAGGCGGUCCGAUGCAGGAAUGGAACGACUUCGGCCUGAGUGCAGCUCGGGGCGGUGGCAAUGACUACAACCUCAUCUGGCUUGGUCCGGAGACGUAUCGCCCAAGCUUCAAUGCAUACAUGGUAGCCAACGCAUACGCCAUCAGCGAGGUGGCUUCCCUUGCCGGCAACGCCUCGCUUGCGCAGACAUGGGCCACAUACGCAGCCGAUCUGUACAGCCGAAUGGAGAGCCAAAUUUACAGCCAGGAGCUCAAUUUCUGGAUCGACGUCGUCGCGGGCACUAAUCUGCCAUGCCAAGGCCGGGAACUCAUCGGUUACUACCCGUAUAGGUUCGAUGUAGGUACCAACUCCACGCAAAUACGAGGCCUCGAGGCAGCCUUGACCCCGGAAGGGUUCUUGACCAAGUUUGGACCCACGACGCUGGAGCAGAGUGACCCGUACUACACCGCCCUCAAGAACACCACCUACUGCUGUCUAUGGAAUGGGCAAAGCUGGCCGUUCUCUACCUCGGUCUAUCUUGGCACCCUCGCGCGAAUAGCGCGAACUGGGCUGAGCACUAUCAUUACGCCGGCCUUCUUCUACCAAGAGAUGGCCAAGUACACCGCAACGAACUACAAGGAUGGCUUACCGUAUACCGCAGAGUCUCACUAUCCCACGCUUGAUAUGUGGAGUGGUGACACGACCAAUCACUCAGAGAACUACCUACACUCUACCUACUUAGACAACGUCUUUACCAACCUCUUCGGUAUCGUACCUGCGUUCGGUGACACUCUCGUCAUGCAGCCACUGAUUCCGCACAACUGGACACACUUCGCGGUCGAGAGUCUGCCAUACCAUGGCUCGCUUCUAAGCAUCAUCUGGGAUCAGAACGGCACGCACUAUGCCAACGUAUCUGCUGGCUUAAGCAUCUACUCUAACGGUACGCUCUUUCACCGUCAAGCCGCCCUUGGCCCGGUAAACUGCACGCUACCAUUCAAUACCACAACCGCUGCGCAAAUGCUAGCCGCCCAGCCCGAGUACCAGAACAUCCUCGCCAACCCCAACUCACCCUACAACCUCCCCUCGGUCUCCGCAGACUGGACCCUUCUGCCGAACGGCGACAUCUCCUCAUAUGAAGCGUGGAAGCUGAACGACGGCUUGCUCUGGUACGACACCACGCCCGACAAUCGCUGGACGAACAACCAGUCCGAAGUGCCUUACUCCACCCUCACGCUCACUCUCCCACGCCCACGCAGAAUCCACAGCGUCAGCCUCGCCAUCUUCGCCGACGUCGAGCGUGGAGGCGUCGUGGACUGCCCCGCCGGCAUCAGAGUCGUGGAUGGCAGGACUAACAACACGGUAGCGUUUAAAGACCCGUGGGAUGACUGCGUGCCUAAUGCGCUCAAUACGAUUCCAUUUGCGGCACCGACGGCGAAUUACACGGAUAAUGUCACGACACCGGAUGCUGAUUACGUGAUCGAGACGGAUACUCUAUUCGUCACGCUGAGCGACAAACUCCGCUACACGACCGCGAUCAGCGAGGUGCAGAUCUGGGUCGCUCCGAACCCGGGUCCGCGCUACGAAGCGGAGGACGGCGUUGUUGGGACAUUCAUUGGGAGCUACGAGGGUAGGGCUACGGGCCUGAACGGCACCAUUGAGAAGGGAGGUGUGACGUUACAUAGCGGUGCUUGGAUUGAGAUCAGUGGUGUCAGGACGACUAGCGGGCAGGCUGGGCGGGUCCCGUUGACGGUUAUGGGCGGUGGAUUCGGCACGGUGGCUGUGCAGUUGAACUGGGCGAGGAAUACGACUGUGGUGUUUGCGGGGGUUGCGAAUAUUACGGUGGAAGUGGAUAUGCUUAGGGGUAAUAAUUGGGUGACGAUAUUCCAGAUGACGGGAACGCCGUUUGUUGAUGCUAUCAUGGUGGGUUGA